AUGCCUUCCCCAGUGCGCUCUCAGCCAUCUUUCCUUUCUCCCUCCACGCUGCGACGUCGUUUGCCGCUCAUUGGGGCCGUCUGCAUCUUCGCCUUCGCCUCCUCUGCCUUCUACUCCUCUCUCACCAACUCACGAUCCAAAUUUGGUGGCCAAUCUCCUGCGACCGGAAUGGAAGGCAGUACCUCCACCGUUCCAAGCAUCGUUGUGUAUGUCACUGUUCCUAGCAAAGAAGCAGGCAAAAAGUUGGCUGAAAGCAUCGUCAAAGAAAAACUUGCAGCUUGCGUAAAUAGGGUUCCAGGUAUUGAAUCUGUAUAUCAGUGGAAGGGAGAGAUCCAAACUGACUCGGAAGAGCUUCUUAUAAUCAAGACUAGGCAGUCCCUUUUGGAAGCACUGACCGAGCAUGUCAAAGCAAAUCAUGAAUAUGAGACGCCUGAGGUGAUAUCCUUACCCAUCGCUGGGGGCAAUCUCAAAUACCUGGAAUGGAUUAAAGACAGCACUCAGGACUGACUAUCUAUUUUAGCCAGAGGAUGAGUACAGUAAACUACCUUGUGAGGGGAGUAUAGCCGGCAUGCUAUUUUAUCUAUGCGGCACUGCAAUGACGCCAUUAGAUAUUACGUGCUGUUCAUAUUGGGUGCACAUUGGCAUGAGUUAAAAUGCUAGACAUGUAAGAAUCAUAGAUUUUUAUGCACUUCAAAGUCCGGAGCUGCUUUAAGCUUAGCUUCUAUCUUGUUGUAUUUGUGACUAUUUUCCGGUGGAUCAAAAUGGUAAAAUAUCAUUGUCUUACCACAACUACAUAAAUAAUUUAUCAAUAUUAAAGAAA